AUGUUUCAGACGCUGACGGCAGAUAAGUUCGGCAACGACUUCCUCUACCACGGUGUACUGGAUGUUCAGAAACAAUGGGGAACCUGUACUGACUCACGAUGGUACGGCUGCAAACGGGACGCCAAGGAUUCCCUCAUCCCUCCUAUCCUCUCAGCCAAGCUCAUCUCGCUAGUGGACUUCAAGUACGGCCGUGUCGAGAUGGUAGCCAAGUUGCCAGAAGGAGACUGGAUCUGGCCAGCCAUCUGGUUGAUGCCUAAGUCCUUUGUGUAUGGCGGAUGGCCAGCUUCCGGUGAAAUAGACAUGGUGGAAGCAAGAUGUAACCUUCAUUACGGAAACAUCGGUAUUCAAAGAAUAAUGUCAACACUACACUGGGGGCCCAAUCCAGGAAGUGACAGCUGGCCAAAGACCACUCAGGGAAAAAUCGCAUCCGGAGGCACCUGGGCUGACGACUUCCACACCUACACCAUGGACUGGGAUGCAAGUGGCAUUGUCAUCUCCGUUGACGGUGACGUCAUCCUGAACCGGCCCACUCUCUCAAACGGAUACUUUUCAUUCGGGGGCUUCAGCGGCAUCAACCCAUGGGCUGGACACGGCAAGGACGCCCCCUUUGACCAGGAGUUCCAUUUCCAAUUCAACGUCGCUGUCGGCGGCACCCUCGGCUACUUCCCCGACAACGUCCAGAACUCCCCCUACCCCAAACCCUGGUGUAACACAUGUCCAACAGCUGGCCAGUCGGACAAAACAUUCUGGGAGGCCAAAGACAAGUGGUACCCGACCUGGAAGGGCGAGAAGGCAGCAAUGGCGGUCAAGUCCGUCAAAAUCUGGAGUUACUAAACAACACAAAUAUUUUAGGUUUGAUAAUCAAGACAACGCUCGUGUGAAUAAAGAGAGACAUA